AUGACGUCAUCUUCCUAUUUACCAUCAACUACAUCAUCACCAGUUAUAACAGGUCAUAGAGGAUUUAAAGGAAAAUAUCCAGAAAAUACAUUGGUGGGAUUUGAAAAAUGUUUUAAUUGUGGUGCAAAAGUAAUUGAAACUGAUUUAUAUUUAAGUUCAGAUAAUGUUAUUGUAAUAUCUCAUGAUUUAAGAACUAAAAGAGUAUUUGUUGAUUCAAAGGGGAAUGAAACUGAUUAUAAAAUUACUGAUACUCCUUAUUCAGUACUAAAAGAGUUAAAAACUAAAAAUGGAAAUUAUCCGUUGUUGAGUUUUGUGGAUUUAUUGACAUGGUUUAAAAAAUAUAUUAAUAAUGUGGAAGAUGCAAAUGAGUACAAAUUACAAUUAGAUAUUAAAAAAUUAAAUCCUACUAAAAUAUUAAAAUAUUUAGUAUUAGAAUUAUUGAAAAUUCAUGAUAAUAUAGAAUGGUGGUAUAAUAAAUUACAAUUGGGGAUAUGGGAUUUAAAUUUUUUAAAAUAUUUAAAUCAAAAUGAUUUUUUUCAAGAUUAUUUUGGUAAAUUAAACAAAUUUGAUUAUUAUCAAUUUGAUAUUUUUCAUAUAAGUGUAAAUUGGAGAGAUUCAAUAAAUUAUAUUAAUUAUAAUUAUUAUCUUGAUGAAUUUCAACCAAAAGAUCGAAAAAAAAUUAAAUUAACUGGUGUAUCUUUGAUAUAUAUUUCAACUUGGUCUUCUGAAUUUUUAACUAAAUUUAUUCCAUUAUUAAAAUUACAAAAUUUAAAAUUUUAUUCAUGGACAAUUAAUAAUAAAUUUCAAUUUGAAUAUUUAGUUAAAAUUGGUAAAUUAGCGAAAUUAGUGGAGUAUGGAGUAAUUUCUGAUUUCCCAGAUCAAAUGGUUGCAUUGAAAAACGAAGAAAUUUUACAAACAGAAACUAAAGAACUUUUACCACAAGAAUCAUACUAUUAUAAUGAAGAUGGAGAUCUUAAUAUUCAAUUAACUUUAAAACAAAAAUUAUUUUAUUGGUUAUAUUUACAAUUCACUUAUUUAAAUGGAUCACAGAAAAAGAUAAGAUUACAACAAUCUAAAUUUUCUUUGGAGGUGGAUGAAAAUCAUGUUGAUGAAUUAAAAAUUAAUCCUUUUAUUGCUUGGACUUUUCAAACUUGUCAGAAAUAUGGUAUAUUUUAG